AAAGACCAGCUCUAUCACAGUGCCCAAGAGACUGGCACUCAUAUCGAGAUAAAUGCUUAGUUUUUUCUCAAGCUUCCAGACCCUGGAGUGAAGGUCUAGCUGACUGCUCUGCAAGGGAAGCCACGUUGCUGCUUGUUCAAGAUCAAGAAGAAUUGAUGUUCAUACAGAACUUCUCAAGGAGAAAAGGACAGUUAUUUUGGAUUGGACUAAAUUAUACAUUACCAGAGAAGAUGUGGAAGUGGAUAAAUGGCUCUAUUUUACAUUCUGAUCUGUGAGUAGUAAAAGAGCUAAUUUGAGUUUUUCAUUCACAUCAGGUUUAGUGAAAAUUGAAUUUUGUGAUUUUAAUUUAGUCUAACCGAAAUUAGAAUAUCUAAAGAUUCUUGAGAGGUUUGGAAUAGCCUGAAACAAUGAUUCCAAAGCUGGUUGAAAAUUUCCAUGUACAAGACAAC